AUGUUAAUUUGUGAAUAAUUAGAUUCUAGUGAUAGUGAAAGCUUUGAUAAAUUAAUUGCAAUAAUUUAGCAUUUUAAAAUAGAUAAAGAAGUCAUAUAAAAUACACGUUUCUAAAUUACAGUAAAUAGAAUAAUGAUAUUAAUUCAAGAAAUAUCCAACUGGACUGUUAGAUCUCUCUGAUGAAAUACUUAAUUAUUUAUAAAUUGAAUAACAUUUAUCAGAUAGGGAUUUUUCAAAUCAGUUUCAUACUAUUUCAUUCCUAAAACAUUAUUUUGAUGAAGCAUGUUUAAUAUAUACAGUUGUUGAAAAGUAUUUGGAAAGCCGAUCUAAAGAUAAUUAUAAGGAGGUAUUGUAUAAGGAUAGUAUCUAAUUAAUGUAAUUAAGAUAAGAGAAAUUAUUUUUAAUAUAUGCAUUAAUGUUAGUUUAAUUACAAGAGUAUGUAGAUGAAUAAUCUUAUGAUAUAUUUCUGGAGGGGUAAUUUAAUUUGUUUUGAUUUAAGACUACAAAAAAAAUUAUAAUUAAAUGCUUAAAUCAAAUUUGCAUCGUUAAGAGUUAGAUCAAAAGAAAUAUUAGAACAUACUUUAUUAUUGAUAGAUGAAUUAAGAGAAAAUAAAAUAAUGUAAAAGUAAAAACAUUCAAGCAGACAAUCAGUAAUUAAUAAAUCUUUGAUGACUGCUCGAUAAUAAAAGGAAUCUUAAUAAUAAAUAUAUAUAAGUUAAUAGAGUCAAUGGAUGUUUACAGAAUUAUAAAACAAUUAAGUAUUUUGUAGAGAAUUAAUACCUAAUUUACGAUUCAUAAUAAAAAAUUAUUGGAAAUCAUUUUAGAAAAAUAAGGAUGAUGGUCCAAAGAGAUACAACAAAAAUUCAUCAAUUUUUGACUUAAAAAAUAGAUUUAGUGUUGGAAGUUAGAGAGUAAAAAAUGGAUUGAUAGAUUUACCAAAUUUAGGACCAAUGGAAAUUUUAAUGAGUACUUAAAUAUUCCCUAAAUAAAAACUAAACGAUUUUUUUGAUGAUGAAUAAUUGAAACAUACUUAAAUUAUUACAUCUUAAAUUGAUAGUUUAUUAAAUGAAGAAUUAUUAGUAAAUUUAACUGGAAUUGAAAUGAUUGAUAUGGAUUCAAAAAGUGAAUCUACAAUUUCAAGAGCUACAAUGUAACAAGUAUUCAAAUAACAUUGA